AUGUUUUGGGGGCACGCAGUAGACAAUGGCAAAUGGAGACUUACCAUGCUUUUGCUGACUGAGCUGUUUUUGAGGACAACUGGUGCUAUUGUAAUUCAAGGAAGUCUAAAAACACUUCCACAAAAUCCGCCGGAAAUGACUAAUGAACUUGGUAUCCUGGCCAAUGAGUUGUAUAUCAACUUGAAGAAGUGCAGCUUCUUGACUGAUAAGUUACUGUUCUUAGGGUAUGUGGUCAGUGUGGAUGAGAUUCGUGUUGAUGAGGACAAGGUCUGUGCAAUUGGAGAAUGGCCAACCCCAAAGACAAUGAAUGAUGUGCGAAGCUUCCAUGGGCUGGCAACCUUCUAUCGAAGGUUUAUUCAAGAUUUCAAUAGUACAAUAGCCCCUAUCAUUGAGUGUCUGAAGAAGGGGAGGUUCUCAUGGGGAAAGGAGGCAAAAUAG